AUGGCGGCUGUUGCAUCGUCGGAUAUAGAUAGAAGAAAACAAAUAAGCGUGAGAGGGAUUGCGGCUGUUGAAAAUGUUGCAGAAGUAAAAAAAACUUUCAAUAGGCAUCUACAUUAUACCCUUGUCAAAGACAGAAAUGUAUCCACUCCUAGGGAUUAUUAUUUUGCCCUUGCUCAUACAGUUAAAGAUCAUUUAGUGUCCAGAUGGAUUAGAACACAACAGUAUUAUUAUGAAAAAGAUCCGAAGAGGGUGUAUUAUUUGUCUUUGGAAUACUACAUGGGAAGAUCAUUACAAAAUACCAUGAUAAAUCUUGGAAUACAAUCAUCAUGCGAUGAAGCCAUGUAUCAGCUUGGAUUAGAUAUUGAAGAAUUGGAAGAUUUAGAAGAAGAUGCUGGAUUAGGAAAUGGUGGGUUAGGUAGAUUAGCAGCUUGUUUUGUAGAUUCAAUGGCUACAUUAGGAUUAGCAGCUUAUGGUUAUGGAAUUAGAUAUGAAUAUGGAAUCUUGCUCAAAGAAUAG